AUGAACUCUUUCGAUUCUAUUGGUCAAAAAUUUUCAGAUAGUGAAACAUCAAGAGCAGCAUUACUUUCAUCAUCGGCUGAUAAUAUGAAAGAGGUCAAAGAAAAUCCAAAAUUUAAACAACGAAAAAGUCGUUUUUAUCUCAUCAUUGGAUUUUUGGUGUUAGCUAUUCUUUUGGCUUCAACUUUUACAUUCAUUUUUACUUUUGUUAUUAAAAAAAAUCCCUCACAAAAUACUACAAACAUGACUACGUCUAAAAAUACGGCAACGUCUAUAAGUAUGGCAACGUCUACAACCAUGACAACGCCUGAUACAGAAUCAUUACCACAGGAUAAAACUGAGCAACAAAAAAGCUUGACAACAUGUCGAUGUUCAUUUCUUUUAGGUUGUCCCAUUGUAUUUAGUCGAUCUAGCUGGAAUGCACGUCCGUAUAGAAGUCGUCGGAAUUUAACAACAUCACCAGUUAGACAUAUUGUUGUACUCGAACCAAAACCUUCGAAUUUAAUUACGAAUCAACAAGAUUGUAUUAGAGAAAUAAAAGGAUUUCAAGAUUAUCACAUGGGUGAACCACGAAAUUGGGAUGACAUUGCUUAUAAUUUUAUGCUGUGUAAUGAUAAUGAUGACCAACAACAAAUUUAUAUAGGCAGAGGAUGGACAUAUGCUGGUGCACAUUGUAAAGGUUAUAAUGAAAGAUCGUUGGGUAUUGGCGUUAUUGGCAAUUAUACCAGUAUAAAAUCUUUAAACGUAUUUAAAUCAUUAAUUCAAUGUGGCAUUAUGAAAAAUGACAUUUUAAGAAAUUUUACACUUGUUCGACAUAAUCUUUCAAAAGAUAUUUACGAAUAUUAUUUGCAAUACUUUAGAAAUGAUACGAAGCUUCAAUAUACCAAUCAAGCCAGUAAUCAAACAGUUUUUUGUGAAUAA